AUGGAAAUAUCUUUUACUGGAUUAAAAGCUCUCGUUACGGGAGCCGGUAGAGGAAUUGGACGAGAUGUGGCUAAAAUGUUGUCAAAAUGUGGUGCCACAACAUAUGCCCUGAGCAGAACUGAAGAACACCUAAAUACAUUAGUGGCAGAGUGUCCCGAGAUUCAGCCCGUUGUUUGUGACUUGAGUGAUUGGGACAAAACUCGUUCGACAGUUACUUCCCUUGGACCUAUUGAUCUUCUGGUCAAUAAUGCGGCCCUUGCAGUCAACAACCCGUUUUUAGAAGCCAGAAAAGAAGACUUUGAGCGGUUAUUCAAUGUCAAUUUGUAUUCAGUGGUUAAUGUAUCACAGGUUGUUGCCAAAAGAAUGAUUGAAGACAAGCGCAAAGGAUCCAUUGUGAAUGUGUCUAGCCAAUCAUCUUUGAUUGGACUGAAAGAUCAUGCUGUGUACAGUAGCAGUAAAGGUGCCCUUGAUGCUCUCACAAGAGUUAUGGCUGUUGAAUUAGGACCUUUUGGGAUCCGUGUGAACAAUGUCCAUCCAACUGUGGUGUUGACAGAUAUGGGAAUAAAGGAUUGGAGUGACCCAGUCAAAGCAGCCCCUUUGCUUAACCGAAUGCCACUUGGAAAAUUUGCUGAAGUUGAAGAUGUUGUCUAUACAAUUUUGUUUCUGCUCAGUGACAAAUCCAUGUCAACUACAGGCUCCAAUCACCCAGUUGAUGGUGGCAUCCUUUGCUGCUGA